AUGCUGAAGCAGAGGACCAGGAUAGGGAACAGACACGACUGGAGAGGAGCGGCCAAGCCCCAGAAGCGCACACGCUCAUGCAGGAGGGCGCCUUGGAGGUGUUCUCCUAUCUCUUUUACAAAAGACGGUUCUCGUGCAUCCACCAAGUUGCUGCUCUCGAGAGCCAGGAGGAAGUAUGGCAACUCCUGCUGGUUGUGUGGCAAGCUCUGCUCUCGUCUCCGCCUUCUGCAUCUGCUUUCGCUCCACCUCCGGCGUCCCGGCGUCGGCCGCCGUCUUCGCUGUUCAAAGACAGCGGCGACAGUUUGGGCCUUUCGUUUACCUCGACGCAUCCUGCGCUCCCCUCGACUCACGACUCGCCUGACCGAGGAACGCUCAGUGAAGAAUUUGUCUUCCCCUACCGGGUCGGUUGCCUCUUUCUGCUCCUCUGGCUCCUGUACACCGCUCCUUUCUCGCGACAGCCUCUCCCAGAUCGCGCUCGCGUCGCCUCUUCCCCUUCGUCCUUGUCUCCGUCCUCGCCUCGCUCAACGCCUGGGAACCGCCCGGCCACCCCGUCGGACGCAACGGCGGGAAUCCCGGAACCACUCACGUCUAAGGCAAACUGGCAUGACAGCCGCGAUCGGGACGAUGAACUUGAGAGAGCGGACUCGGAACCGCACCGGCGCAUAUGGCUAUCCGGGUGUGACGCUGACGAUGAGACCGGAGGUAGACGCGCCGAGCGAGGCACGCACAAACGGAAAGACAAACUCGUCCUCCCCGCCGUGGCCACGCUGUCCGCAGUUGCUAGUCGAGGUCGCUCAAACCUGUUUGAAGCGAGGCGAACUUCUGGACGGCGCCCGCACGUUGAAGUUUCUCUGGACCACGGGGAAGAUUCGCGUCUCCGUGUUUCCCGAGCCCGAGGAAGCCUGCGACAAGAGAGGAGCUCCGUUGGGCGUCAACAAGGCGCUUUUAUUUGCGUCGCUGCAACGCCAGCCAGUGUCUAUCGAGCGGCCACACGCAGCGAACCUUAGGGCCGAUGUCGAGUCGGCUGCCUUUCCUUACCUGCGUGUCCUCGGGGAGCUGCCUUUCUCGCCGCUUCUCCCUCGUGACCAGCACGCCUCGUCGCCGCUCUCCCCUCCCGCCUCCCGGCUCCAGGCGAGAGGCAGGGGCGGACGAGAUGAGAGACGAGAGCGCCUGGCUGGGGCUCUCCAAGCACGUUUGUAUCCGGCUGUCGCUGCGCUUCAGCGGCUAGGCGAGGAAGAGCCGCUGCCGUGGGUGGACGAUAAGGUGGACAAGACGACGUCUACCACGCCGCGACACAGUGCCAAUCCCGGGUUUUAA